AUGGCAUUAUCUUCUUCUCCUUCUGCUCCGGCCUUUUCUUACCAUGUUUUUAUCAGCUUUAGAGGAGAAGAUACUCGCAAUAAUUUUGUGGGUCAUCUGUACUCGGCUCUUGAACAAAAAGGAAUCCAUACUUACAAGGACGAUGAAAAGCUUCCUCGGGGUGCAUCAAUCGGUCCAGCCCUUAUUAAGGCUAUCGAAGCAUCACAGGUUGCACUAAUAGUGUUCUCUGAAAACUAUGCAGAUUCUUCAUGCCCUCUGAAUCAAGAAAACAAAAAAAGGAAAUACGGAGAAGCAUUUGCCAAACAUGAGUUGGAGAACAAGAAAAAACUUAAAUCUUGGGGACAAUCAUUUUUGGAAAACUCUUUGGGAUGGCUCUUUGCACCACUAGAACAGAAUCGGAAAUACACGGAAGAAACUGUCAACCAUGAGUUGGAGAACCAGACCAAGGUUGAAUCAUGGAAAAAAGCUGUUGUGGAUGCAAGUAACAUUGCUGGAUGGGAAUUCAAUGACAAUGCCAACACGUAA